GACAUGGAAACACACUUCUGCUAACUUGCUCAUCUUGGUCUUUUAGCUCCGCUGCACAGUGCACAGUACUUUGUGUGGUGCUGCCCAAAGUGGGAAUUGGCACUUUCCGCACUUCACAUACACCACACAUUCUCUCUCUGAUUUUGUAUUUGCAGACUUUGCAGUGUCAAGAUCCUUUACUAGCUUUCAAAUUUCCCUCCACCCAGAAAAAAAAAUUUUCCUUCUUUUUUUGUAUGUGUUCAUCUAAUUGUUUAAGUGAUCCCAAGAGCUUGCUUUGAGGGAGAAAUUGAGAGGUGGAGCCAUGAGGAAAUGGGUUUUGGUGCUGUGCAUGGUGUUCUUUCUGAGUUCUGGGUUGACUCAGUGCAGUGUUAGCUAUGAUAGGAAGGCCAUUGUUAUCAAUGGGCAAAGAAGAGUACUUUUCUCUGGGUCUAUUCACUACCCAAGAAGCACCCCGGAGAUGUGGGAAGAUCUAAUAAGCAAGGCUAAAGAAGGAGGCGUGGAUGUGAUUGAGACCUAUGUGUUCUGGAAUGUGCACGAGCCUUCUCCUGGCAAUUACAAUUUUGAAGGGAGAUAUGACUUGGUGAGGUUUGUGAAGACAAUUCAGAAAGCAGGGCUUUAUGCUCAUCUUCGCAUUGGACCUUACAUUUGUGGAGAGUGGAAUUUUGGAGGGUUCCCAGUUUGGCUGAAGUUUGUUCCUGGAAUUAGCUUCAGAGCAGACAAUGAGCCCUUCAAGAUGGCUAUGAAAGGGUUUACUGAGAAAAUUGUUAAUUUGAUGAAGAGCCAUAAUCUAUUCGAGUCUCAGGGUGGUCCAAUUAUACUCUCCCAGAUUGAGAAUGAAUAUGGGCCACAAGCCAAGGUACUUGGCGCCUCGGGUCAUCAGUAUGUAACUUGGGCUGCAAAGAUGGCAGUUGAAAUGGACACUGGGGUCCCCUGGGUCAUGUGCAAAGAAGAAGAUGCCCCAGAUCCUGUGAUAAACACAUGCAAUGGUUUCUACUGUGAUAAAUUCGCCCCCAAUAAACCAUACAAGCCAGCAAUUUGGACCGAAGCUUGGAGUGGCUGGUUUACGGAAUUCGGUGGCCCCAUUCAUCAAAGGCCAGUUCAGGAUUUGGCAUUUGCUGUAGCUAAAUUCAUUCAGAAAGGCGGUUCAUUUGUUAACUACUACAUGUACCAUGGAGGCACCAAUUUCGGACGCUCUGCUGGAGGCCCCUUCAUCACUACUAGCUACGACUAUGAUGCUCCCCUUGAUGAGUAUGGUUUGAUUAGACAACCAAAAUAUGGUCAUUUGAAGGAGCUUCACAGGGCUGUGAAGCUAUGCGAGAAGGCUUUAGUUUCAACAGAUCCUACUGUCACUUCCUUGGGCGGCCUUCAAGAGGCAUACAUAUACUCUUCGGAGACCGGAGAUUGUGCAGCUUUUCUCUCAAACUACGACACACAAUCUGCUGCAAGAGUUAUGUUUAAUAACAUGCACUAUAAUUUGCCUCCGUGGUCCAUCAGCAUCCUUCCAGACUGCAGGAAUGUCGUCUUCAACACAGCCAAAGUUGGAGCUCAGACGUCACAAAUGGAAAUGCUACCAACUAAUUCUGAGAUGUACUCGUGGGAAACUUACAACGAAGAUUUAUCUCCAUUUGAUGACAGUUCAUCAUUUACGGCUUUUGGCCUCUUGGAACAAAUCAAUGUUACUAGGGAUGCGAGUGAUUAUUUAUGGUAUAAAACUAGUGUUGAUGUCGGUUCAUCUGAGUCGUUCUUGCGUGGUGGGGAGCUCCCGACUCUAAUAGUGCAGUCAACCGGCCAUGCUCUGCAUGUGUUUAUCAAUGGACAGCUCUCAGGUUCUGCAUUUGGUACAAGGCAGAACAGGAGAUUCACGUUUAGAGGAAAGGUCAACUUCCGGGCUGGAACGAAUAAAAUUGCAUUGCUCAGUGUGGCUGUUGGAUUGCCGAACGUGGGCGGGCAUUUUGAAACAUGGAACACAGGAAUUUUGGGUCCAGUUGCACUUCACGGGCUUGAUCAGGGAAAACUGGACUUGUCCUGGGCAAGAUGGACCUAUCAGGUUGGGCUUAAGGGAGAGACCAUGAAUCUCGUUUCUACAGAUGGCACAUCCUCGGUUGACUGGAUGCAGGGUUCGUUAAUUGCACAGAAACAGCAGCCUUUAACAUGGCAUAAGGCUCGUUUCAACGCACCUGAUGGAGACGAACCUUUAGCUUUGGACAUGAGUAGCAUGGGAAAAGGUCAAGUAUGGAUUAACGGUGAGAGUCUUGGUAGGUAUUGGACUGCUUAUGCGACUGGUAAUUGCAAUGGAUGCCAUUAUGCUGGACCCUUUAAGCCUCCAAAGUGCCAGCUUGGUUGUGGUCAGCCAACUCAACGAUGGUACCAUGUGCCAAGGUCUUUGUUGAAACCGACAGAAAAUCUUUUGGUGCUUUUUGAAGAACUCGGGGGAGAUCCCACGAGAAUUUCUCUUGUGAGGAGAUCAGUGUCCAGCGUUUGUGGUGAUGUCGGUGAAAUCCAUCCAAACAUUAGGAAUUGGGAGAUCGAGAGCUAUGGUAGAACCCAGGAGUUGCCCAAACCAAAACUCCACCUUCAUUGCAGUCCCGGUCAAUCCAUUUCCUCCAUCAAGUUUGCGAGCUUUGGAACUCCCCUGGGAACCUGCGGGAGCUUCCAGCAAGGACCAUGCCAUGCUUCUACCUCGUACUCCGUCUUAGAAAAGAAGUGUAUCGGGCGCCAAAGAUGCUCGGUAGCAAUAUCAAAUACUAAUUUCGGAGAUCCCUGCCCAAAUGUGGUGAAGCGAUUGACCGUGGAAGCAGUCUGCACCCCUUCCCAAUGGCAUUGACGGUAAGGAGAUCAAAUGGCUAAAAUAUUCCACAAGUUACAUACCAGAAAGAAGAAUAAAGUGUGAAGCUCAAAACCCUAAAAAAAAUAGCAUUAGCUAGAUUGAUGAAUGAAGUUAUUAUCGAGUGAAAGACUGUACCAACUACCAAGUGUUUAGCGUGUGAGAAAGGUAGGUUAGUGUUAACAUAGAGGUGCCAAAGGGGCCUCUAUGAAAUACUAGGCAAGUGCAUAGUCUCGAGAGUGUUGUGUUUCCAAAUGUGAAUUGUGUCGUGCGAUUGUGUCUGGUCCAUUUCCUCUUUUAAACCGGAAAUGCAUGCUGGACGAGUUGCACUGUGUUGUUGUUAUUGUUAUUGUUGUUAUAAGAGCGAUAGGUUAUGCGACUCGGGGAAUCCUAUCCUAGCAUGGCCCUUCCGAUCUGUUGUUUUCAUUCAUUUGUGCAGUUUGUUGAAAUCGAAAUGGAAAUAUGCAUUU